UGAAGCGAAGGAAUUCAGUUUGAAGGAAAAAAAACAACAACCAGGAAGUUGAAGCGAGGAGGAAACGAAGUCCGUGUGGAGGAGCAUCAAACUCUGAGGAGGUUUUAAUCCGCUUAUAAAGUCCAGUUCCAGUCCGGAGGAACCAGGUUCGGCGGGUUCGGCUGACAAAGAGGACUGCUUCCAACAAAAUGGACAUUGAUCCGGAGCGAGGAGAGGCGGCGGAGCCGGUGCCGAAGGACAAGGUGCAAACGUUGAGGGAUCAGGUAGACGGAGUGAAGAACAUCAUGACGGAGAACGUGGACCGGAUCCUGGCCCGCGGAGAGAGACUGGACGACCUCAUGGACAAGUCGGAGGACCUGCAAGCAGGGGCUCAGCACUUCAAGCAGACGUCUCAGAAAGUGGCUCGCUCCUACUGGUGGAAGAACGUCAAGCUGGUCGUGGUCAUCGUGGUGGUCGUCCUCAUCAUCGUCCUCAUCAUCAUCCUGCUGGCCACCGGAGUCAUCCCCACCAGCGCCCCUGUGCCUCCUAUAGUCCCUCCCACCCCCAAGACUAGUCCAUAAACACACACACAUGAUGCACAUAUAGACGUAAUUAAAUCACAAACAAACGCAUUCCUUUUUGCACAGAAUACAAAGUAAUAUAUAGACUCGAGCAUAUCACUGCUGUCGGGUGAAACCUCUGUCUUAGUUUAUCGGAGGUCAAGGACUUCAUGCUUUGGUUGAAGGAACUUUAAUAACAAUUUUGAAAUCAUUUUUAAACGCACAAAUCAGCGUAGCCAUUUUAUGAUUUGGGUCUGCAGACAGUCUGAGGCGUUCACCUGACAGCAGCAUGAAAACACUCACUGUUCAUCACGUUGUUUCACCACCAGCGGUUCAGUUCGUCACUUCAGCGUGUGCGUGGAUGGAAACGAUGAAUUUGAAUGAGAUAUGCACCUUUUUUUUUUUUUUUUUUUACCAUGGAUUGUUUGUGUAGUUAAAAAAAAAAAAAAGAAGAAGGAGAAGAAAUUUGUUGCUGACAAUGGACGAAUCUGUAACAGUUUUUAGGUCACGAGAUAUUUAACAAAAGAUUUGUUACCAUUUGUGUCACUUUUCAAAGUGCCUGCAGUUACUUCAAAGAAGACAAUCUAGAAAAAAAAAUAUCAUUCUGUUGGAUUUUUUGUUUAAAUGUCGCUGGUGUUGAGGCCUUGUGUUGUGUUGAUGUCGGUACGAAGGUGUUAACGACUCAGCAUUUGCAGUUACAGUUUUUUCUACUCGACAACAGAACCGCUUAGUAAAACACAAAAUUUGUAGAUUUGUACAUCUGUGCUGUGCAGCACCAUCGAUCAUGUUCACUUUUCCCUCACUGUGUUGAACUCUUCCGCAGUUUAAAUGUGUGUCUUUGGUGUUUUGGAUUCAGCUGUUAAAGGUCGCCUGGUGUCGGAGGAUCAGACUCUUCCAGCCAACCAGCUGAGAGCGAAAUCAUUUCCAGCCCCUCCGGUUCCUCCUGCAGGGUUCAGCUCGACCCUCACAGCUUAUUCCUAGAAAAAAAUGUUCCCCUGUCCACCUUUUCUCUGCUGUUACAUUAGCAGUUCAGCUUAAACGGGGUCAAAAUCAUUCCCAUGAUGAAAUGUAAAUACAUCCUCUCCUUUGUGUAUAUUUGCAGCAACCAGCGUGUUGAAGUUCUUUUUAGAGGAUAUUUAUUUAACGCUUAACGUCGGUCCUGUUCUCUUUCUUUCUUUUUUUCUAAUCACUCAUCCACACUGAUUUAUUAUGAAGAGAUGGUACAGAUCAAUCACUCUGCUGUGAAUCAUUUUCUAGAAGGACGGUUAGAAAACUGUUCUCUCUCUCACACUGACCUGAUCAGUGCAGCGUGAGAUGUCUUCAACUCGAAUUCCUGCUAAUUUCUGAUUAACAGAACUCUGGAAGCUUCUUUUUUCCUGAUUGUUUUGUGGUAUUUAGCGGUUUUAACUGUCUGAUAUGAAAUAAAUAGUAUUUACCUUCA